AGCAGAACACAGUACACUGGGCAGUAUGUUUGGUUCAACCUUUAGAAGAGAUAUGUGUGUUUCCAGGACAUUUGUGAGAAGUGCAUCCAAAAAAGUCAAGCAUAGAAUUCCCAGCAAAAUCCCGGUUCAAUUAUUGAAAGAUCAUCCAGUUUACGGAACCAAAGGAGAAAUCAUUAGUGUUAGUCCAUCUUUUAUGAGAAACUAUUUGCAUCAUGGGGAUAAGGCUUGUUAUGUAACCGAGACCCAAGGUCCUCGUAUACCAGUUGUUGAAAAAACCAAGACUGCUACACCAAAGACCAUUAAAUCCCAAGUUAAAGCUGCCAUUCAAAAUAAAGAAGCUCCAACUAAUGAUCGUGCCGAUUCCAUGUCAUUGAGUGACUUAUCGGCAUUGUUUAAUAACAUGAGAUCCAGUAGAAGCUUGAAAAACAACACCGAAUCAUCCAUCAGUAUCAAUACCGACGCAGUCCCAGAAAGCACCUAUUCGUCAAGUGAUUUGAAAGAAAGCAUACCCAAGGUGCAUACCUUUACUCUCGAGAAAGAUGCCCCUGUCCCAAUCACUAGAGAAUACUUGACCACUGCCAUUUACGAAAUGGCUGGUCUUAAAAUCCCAGUCUCUGAUAUCAAAUUGACUCAAAAAUCGGGUGAUAAAGACGUUAUUUCCGUUAUUGACCAAGAAGGGUCAUACAACUUGAUCAUUAAUGUUCCUGCCGAAAAAACUAAAUUCACUUCAACUCUUGUUGUUAAGAAAUAAGAACUUCUGUAUAUACUUUGUAAAUAAUUCUUUUUGA